AUGAAGGCCUCGGGGGACGGCUUCGUGGUGCUGGUGGCCCCGCGGCGGCGCCAGCUCGAGGCCAUCGCCCGGGCCGCCGAAGAGGUCAAUAGCAAAACUUGCUUUAUCCUGCUCAAUGCCCGGCUGCGGGGUGCAAAGAAGGAUGCGCUACGAGAGGAGCUCGCUUCAGCUUUCGCGCCGGCCUUCCACUUGCGCCUCGUCCAGCAAGGUGAGGGCCUCGUCUACCGGGCCAUGCAGGAGGGGAGCUCGCCCUGGAUCCUGGCCCGGCGCAAGCUGCCGAGCACUGUUGCUACCGAGGUAGCGCAGACCAUGGAGGAGCCCAGCGCCGAGCGAAUCGCUCAGGAGUCGGAGGACCUAUGGCACCUCUACAACCUCAGCAUGAAGGGCGACACCAUCAGGGCGAUGACCUUCAGAAAGAUCCAGAAAGAGGGCAGCACAGGGACAGUGCAGACAGAGGUGAAGAAGAUCCAGAUGACUGUGGAGGCCUUGCCUGCGCUCAACCGGGCAAUCUGCGUGAGAAAGGGAGAGACGGGCAGGCACCCCACGAUGUCACCUCGAAAUCGCCGCAAGCCGCGCAGCCGGGGCUCGUCGGCCGCCAUGGCGGAGAGCCUCGCCGCCCGGCUGCGGGAGCUGCCGGCAGACCCGCGGGAGGAGCGGCGGGCGGUGGCGGAGCUGCUGAGGGAGGAGCUGCGCACCUGGCAGCAGAAGCCAGCCUUUGCCACCGCCAUCCUCAAGCGGCUGGCGCGUGCUGGCUCGGCCUCAGUGGCACACCAUGUGCUGGCCAUCAUGACCAGCGAGAGCAUCGAGGUCAACUCCAUCCACUACAACGCGGCUCUGGCGGCGUGUGACACGAAAACCUGGCAAGGCGCCGGGACCUUGCUGGCGAACAUGAGGCACAGGCUGCUGCUCCAAGACAUCUUCACCUACAGCUCCAUCCUGGGCACCUACAAGGAGAAGUGGGAUGCUGCCCUGCGGAUCUUUGCCGAGAUGAGGUCCAAGCUAAGGCCGGACGCGGCACUCUGCAACGGCGCGGCGGGCGCCAUGCGGUGGCUCGAGGCCCUGGAGAUACCGCGGCAGAUGCGGAUGCAGCACCUGAGGCCAGAUGUGAUCACCUUCAGCACCAUUUCGUUGGAGAGUUGGCCGGCGGCCAUGGCGCUACUUCAACACACUCAGGCCCAGCAGCUGCAAUUGGACCGUCAGCUCUUCGGCAGCAUCUCCCGGGCACUUCCCUGGCAACGUGGCGCCGCGGCGCUGUCGGCUUUGGCCUGGCGGCACCUCGCGGCGGACGGCGCGAACCGGGCGACAGCGCUGGGCGCGGCGGCCAAGGCAACUUGCUGGGAGUGGUGCCUCGGGCGCCUUGGCCGAGUGGGGAUCAGCGGCCACAACACGGUGCUCAGCGCGCUGAGGGGCCGCUGGGCCCUGGCGCUGGACCGCGUGCGCUGGAUGGAGACCCGGGCACUUCGGCCGGACCAGGUUUCACGGAACGUCCUCUCCAAUGCCCUGCCGCGUUGGCGCCUGGCCUUGUUCCAUGCGGACCUUGAGGCGUACAGUGGCGCUGGGGCGCCCUGGCGCCACAGCCUAGCGCUUCUAGCGCGGGGUGCUGGCCUGGUGCCGGCAGCGCCCUGGCGCCGGGCGCUGCAGCUCUGGGCCUGCAGGCUGCAGCCGGAACAGGUGGCCUUCAGCGCGCUGCUCAGCGCCUGCGGAAGCGCGGGCCAGUGGCCGACGGCUCGAGGACUGCUGGCAGCGGCGCGGCUGGAGGACCUGGAUGAGGUGAGCUUUGGCGCCGCGAUCAGCGCGUGUGCCGCCGGCCGGCAGUGGCAGCUCGCGCUCGCAUUGCUGCAGGACAUGCUCAGAUUGAGUGUGGCACCAAACCGAGUUGCGAUCAACGCUGCGGCCAGUGCAUGUGAGAGAGGCGGCCGCUGGCGCCGCGCCGGGGCGGUCCUGGGCUCUCUGGCGGAGGCCCGGAGCGGCCCAGACGCAGUGAGCUUCAACGUGGCCCUCUCUGCCGCCCAGAAGGCACAGUUUUGGAGGCUGCCUUGCCUCUUGCUGGAGCGCAUGGGCUUGCAAAGCCAUUCUGAUGCGAUCUCCUUCGACACCGCCAUCUUGGCGUGUUCCAAUGGCCUGCGGUGGCCUGAAGCUGUGGCGGUGCUGCAACUUCAGACCCGCCGCGUUUGGAGCUCCGACGCCGUGCAUUGCAUCGUCACCGCCUGCAACGCCGCGCUCUGCGCCGAAGCCGCGAGCCGGCUGCUGCUUGACUUUGCCUCCAGCCAACGCAUGGAGAAGUGGCAAGAGAAUCAGUGGGUCAAGAUGGGAGCUCACCAUACGCUGGAAGUCGAGCUCAACAACAAGCUGACCCUUGGAAAGGACAGAUGGGAUGCCAUGCACCUGCAAGAGCUCGAUGAUGCGACAGAUGUGCACAAGACAUCAGAGGUCGCCGUGCUACUCAUCGAGGCGGGCAUUGCCAACUUCCACCUCCUUACCGCAGUCCUGGCCAAGGACGUGCACCGGGUCUCGGUGGCGCUGCCCCGAAAACGGGCGACCACCACCAACUACGACAAAGCUUUGGUGCGCUUCUUCGAGCAGGUGUAUCAAGGCAUCAAGGACCACGUCAACCUUGACCUGGUGAAGUGUGUCUUGCUGGCGGGGCCUGGCUUUGUGAAGGACGACUACCUGUCCUGGAUGAUCCAGAGGGCCACCCAGUCAGGGGACACAGUGAUCCUACAGAAGAAGAGCAACUUCGUGUCUGUCCACGCCUCCUGCGUGCACAAGCAAGCUCUGAAGGAGCUGCUUUCUGAUGAGCAGGUCCAGAAGAGCAUCGCCAACACCAAGGCGGCUGCGCACCUCAAGGCGCUCGAGGAGUUCUAUGUUAUGGUGCAGAAGGAGCCCGACCGCGUUUGCUACGGGCCCAAGCAGGUGCAUGAAGCCAUCGAGAAGUGUGCUGUCCAGACGUUGAUGGUGGUGGACUCUCUCUUCAGAAAUGCCAACGUCAAGCUCAGAAGACAGUACGUGGAGAUGGUGGAAAGCGCUAAGGAUCAGGGCGCUGGCUGCCACAUCUUCUCCUCGCAGCACGUGAGUGGGGAGCAGCUGCAGAAGCUGAGCGGCAUCGCGGGCGUCCUGCGCUUCCCAUUGCCGGAGAUCGGCGACAUUGACAGUGACGCUGGCCUCAGCGACGGCGGAGAGGAGGAACAGAGGGGCCCCGAGGUAGAUGCCGACAUGGAUGACUUCAUGUAA